AUGUCUUCGCCACCUGCCCCUGUGCCAAUCGCCCGCGUGUCCCGCCUCCUCCUAGUCGGGUUUUCAGUAGUUCCGGGCUUGAUCAAUGGCCACUGGCUGGGACCUUCUAAUGUUUCUCCUUUGUCUGCGUUCUCUAUCUCUGGCUUCUCGGUAUCGUCUGUGGAGGAUAAAUUGGAUGGGGAUCAUUUUGUUGCUUCGUGUAAAAUUGUAAACAAUAAAAUAUCCAUUCAAACCCACGCAUUGAUCGAUACCGGUUGCUCCGGGUUCGCAUUCAUUGAUGAAACAUUUGCGCGCCAUAACAACCUCCCAUUUCUCUCUCUCAACUCACCUCGCACUCUUGAAGUCAUCGACGGACGGCCUAUAUCCUCCGGACAGAUUACUCACCUCUGCUACCUACCGCUAUCAAUUGACUCCCACCAUGAAACUAUCGCCUUCUUCGUCACCAAACUCGGCUCAUAUCCACUCGUACUCGGAAUCCCUUGGCUUCAAUUACACGACGCUACAUUACGGUUUAAGGACAAUAGCAUACUGUUCGACUCCGAAUACUGCAAACGCAAGUGCAACUCCUCCGUAACACCCGUUCCCAUCAGAGGGAUUACACCACCACCCCGUUUCCACCUCGUCAGUUCAGCUGCUCCCUGCCGCUUCGCUCGAAGGGACAAGCUCCAAAUCUUCAGCACAACUAUCGAGGAAAUAGACCAAGCCACGGGCGAGCCCCCCAAGGAAGACUGGAGGAGCCGAGUCCCAACCCGGUACAAGAGGUUUCAUGAGAUGAUGGACGAGAAGUUCGCUAACGAAAUGGCGCCUCGCCUCCCCUAUGACCAUAAGAUACCGCUUAAGGAAAGAAAAGAGCCCCCGUUUGGGCCACUUUAUGGUAUGUCCCGUGAGGAGCUCAUCGCCGAUGGCACACUCCGUCUCUGUGUCGAUUAUCGUGGCCUCAACGAACUCACUGUUAAAAACCGCUACCCGCUGCCGCUCAUCCGGGGAACUCUCGACCACCUCUCCAAAGCCAAGUGGUACACCAAACUUGACAUUCGCCAAGGGUAUAACCAGAUCCGAAUGGCUGAGGGUGAAGAAUGGAAAACAGCCUUCCGUAGGCGUUAUGGGCAUUUCGAAUAUACGGUGAUGCCCUUCGGCCUUACCAAUGCGCCGGCCACCUUCCAACACUUCAUUAACGAUUGCGUCCGUGACUACCUCGAUAUGUUCUUUACAGCUUACCUUGACGAUAUUCUCAUCUAUAGCGACACCUUCGAAGAAAAUCAAGUACAUGUCGAGAAGGUCCUGGAAGCCCUACAAAGAAAUGGAGUACUGCUGAAACCAGAGAAAUGCGAAUUUCAUACACAAAGCACCACCUACCUCGGCCUCAUCAUCGAACCCAAUGGCAUUAAAAUGGAUCCAAGGAAAGUGGAGACAGUGAAGAAUUGGACCGUCCCCAAAACAGUUAAGGAUGUGCAAGCAUUUCUAGGUUUCGCUAAUUUUUACCGCCGAUUCAUACGUGGGUUCUCGGAACUGGCAUCCCCGCUUACCAGACUGACACGCAAGGACAUAUCGUUCGAAUGGAUGCCCGAAGCCCAAACUGCCCUCGACACCUUGAAGAAAGCCUUUACAACCGCUCCUAUCCUUACCCAUUUCGACCCGGAGAAGGAAAUUACCGUGGAAACCGAUGCCUCUGACUAUGUCUCUGCCGGUGUACUCUCUCAAUACGAUGAUAAUGGUACCCUUCGACCCGUCGCAUACUUCUCAAAAAAGCACUCCCCCGCCGAAUGCAACUACGAGAUUUACGACAAGGAAUUACUGGCGAUUAUUCGAUCCUGUAACGGCGCCAUUUCAACUGUCUGGUCUAUGAGUACACCCAGGGCCCGGUUACAUGCUGAGAGUUAUUGUUAG